GAGGUCGAUAAAUCAAUCACGAAAAACGACGUCUUAGUAACAUGUCUUGGCUGGCUCGCUCCAUCGCCGACAGUCUCCGCCUCGACGACGGCGAAGAAGAUGCGACGGCGGCGGUGGAGGAUGUCAAUGAGCCCGUAGCCGACUCCGUUCCACGUCCCACUGAGAACGACGCCGUGCUCCGGGAGGAUCAGCCUCGCCACUCCACCUUCUCAAUCGAAGAUCGCCCGCUGGAUAGUGAUGGCGACGCAAGUGACAAUCACGGCGUCGACGAAGAUUUCGACGCCGAUUGCGAUCGCCGUGGGGUAAAAGAGGAUUUAUCGGAAUUUCGAGAAAGUCUGACGCGUCAAUUUUGGGGCGUUGCUACUUUUCUCGCUCCUCCGCCCCCACCCCCGCCGCCUCUCCCUCCGCCGCCGUUUGUUAAUAGAUCGAGCGUACGAUCGAAAUCUGAUCCGGCAGGUACGGUCAAUGCUGACGAUGAGGAGGAACAAGAAGAAGAAUUGUCGGAGUAUGAUGAUAGAGGGUCUGGUAAAUUGGGGGAAUCUGCGGAAUUUUCUCCAUCGAAGGAUGACGAUGCAUUUCAUUUUGAGGAUGCAGUAGGGAUUACUGAGGAAGUGUUGGCCUUUGCGAGGAACAUCGCGCAUCAUCCAGAAACUUGGUUGGAUUUCCCAAUAGAGGAAGAGGAGUUUGAUGAUUUUGAUGUAUCCGAGGCCCAGUACAAGCAUUUGUUGGCAAUUGAACAUUUAGCGCCAAGAUUAGCAGCUCUCAGAUUUGAACUUUGUCCAGUCCAUAUGGGUGUGGGCUACUUUUGGAUGGUCUAUUUCGUUCUUCUACACUCAAGGUUGAAUAAACACGAUGGUAACCUGCUGUCUUCGCCACAGCUUGCGCAAGCUAGGGCCAUGUGGAUACAUGAGCUACAAAAACAAACUAAAGGGGACUCCUAUUGGUCCGGAAUAAGUAGUUUCCAAUCCAAAGGUAACACGGACUCACCCCGUGAAAAUAUUGUCUGCACUUAUGAUGAUGUUCAGUAUGAAAAUGAGACAGACUGGAGGUCAGUUUCUGAAUCUUCAACGCAUCAAAUGACCACUGAGCAUGAGAUUGAGAAGCACGUACUUGACGAAAUUCAGUUCGUUGACAAGUCUGUUAUCAAGGAAGAUCCACCAGCCAUACUUCUGGAUAAGGAGAUUGUUGUGGGUUCUUCCGUAGAAAUUCCUGUGCCAGUUGUGGUUGUUGUUGUUAAUGAUGAUGACGAUGAUUAUGACUGGCUUAAGGAUGACUCGGACUUAAUUGGGUAUACUGGCACCUCACUUAGUUUGAACGAAGAUGAUAUAUCAUUUAGUGAUUUAGAAGACGAUUUAGACUCCACUGUACCAUAUAAAUACAAAACAACCACAGCUGAAAGGAAUAGAACAACCAAAACUCCAUGAGUCGAUCUGCCAGGGGAGAUCGCUCUAGAGAUCAUCUCUCGGGGGGGACAUAAGAGGAAUUUGUGCUGGCCUUUCUCAGUCCACACACAUAGCACUCGUAUUCAGCUGGUGUUCCAGAUUGAAAGAGUCACGAGUCGGUGGUGGAUCACUCAUAUACUGGUUUUCGAGAUUGAAGGAGUCGUGAGUCACUUGAUCAUGCUCGGUUGUGCACAAUUUACUACACUUCUGGUAAGAUCAUCCUUGAACCGUAGCUGCUAAAGUUCGCUGCACACGAUGAGAUUAUAGCGGAGGUAAAUAUUCGAUGAUAUCAUGGAUUUAGUAUAUUGUAUGAUCACUAAAAGCAGUGAGCAGGAAAGCCCUUUUUCUUGGUUAUGUGUUACUUGAUAUCUUGAAAAGCUGAAGCCAGCAGUUUUUGGCUUAGCCUUGUGUAUUUGUUGUUAGACAGCUAUAGAUUCAAAUGUAAUAGGAGUAUUUCAAACUACAGCUGUCUGGAUGUACAUAUGACAAGGAAAUGAAAAAAAACAUAAAUGUUUGAAUGA